GCCGCCGCCGCAGCUGCCUGGAUAUAGUGCGGCAAGGAGCGGAGCUUGCAGUCACUUUGCGAGGAGGAGCGCGCGGGCUGCGGGCGGCUGGGGCACCCCGGGAGCGGCGGCGGCUCUAGCUGAGGCGGCCGUGGCAGCGGAAGGUUCUCUCUCCAGGGCUGGACUUAAUAACUUUGGAACUGUCCUCCAGUGUCACGUCCUGAACAUGAGCCUCCUCCUCUCCUUCUACCUGCUCGGGUUGCUUGUCAGUAGCGGGCAAGCUCUUCUUCAAGUGACAAUUUCACUUAGCAAAGUAGAGCUUAGUGUGGGCGAAUCUAAAUUCUUCACAUGUACAGCAAUUGGUGAACCUGAGAGUAUAGAUUGGUAUAAUCCUCAAGGAGAGAAGAUAAUUUCAACACAGAGGGUAGCAGUGCAAAAGGAAGGUGUUAGAUCACGAUUAACCAUCUACAACGCAAAUAUAGAGGAUGCAGGGAUAUAUCGUUGUCAAGCAACAGAUGCCAAAGGACAGACACAAGAAGCUACAGUUGUUUUGGAAAUUUACCAAAAACUCACUUUCAAAGAAGUGGUAUCACCUCAAGAAUUCAAACAAGGAGAGGAUGCAGAAGUGGUUUGCCGAGUUAGCAGCUCACCUGCCCCUGUUGUCAGCUGGUUGCAUCAUAAUGAGGAAGUCACCGCUAUUUCCGACAAUCGAUUUGCUAUGCUAGCCAACAAUAAUCUGCAGAUUCUCAACAUCAAUAAAAGCGAUGAAGGUAUAUACAGGUGUGAAGGAAGAGUGGAGGCUAGGGGAGAAAUUGACUUCCGUGAUAUCAUCGUUAUUGUUAAUGUGCCACCAGUGAUCACAAUGCCUCAGAAAUCCUUUAAUGCCACAGCAGAGAGAGGAGAAGAGAUGACAUUAUCCUGCAGGGCCGCUGGCUCUCCUGAGCCCUCCAUCUCCUGGUACAGGAAUGGCAAGUUCAUUGAAGAAAAUGAAAAGUACAUAUUGAAAGGAAGCAAUACAGAACUCACUGUCAGGAACAUAAUAAAUAGUGAUGGGGGUCCUUAUAUCUGCAGGGCCACAAAUAAAGCAGGAGAAGAUGAAAAGCAGGCAUUUCUCCAGGUCUUUGUACAGCCUCACAUAAUACAGCUCAAAAAUGAGACUACGUAUGAGGAUGGUCAAGUUACACUUAUAUGUGAAGCAGAAGGGGAGCCUCUUCCAGAAAUCACUUGGAAAAGAGCACUAGAUGGCAUCACAUUUUCCGAAGGCGAUAAGAGCCCAGAUGGCCGUAUCGAAGUCAAAGGGCACCAUGGAAGCUCAUCACUGCAUAUUAAAGAUGUGAAGUUGUCAGAUUCAGGGAGAUAUGACUGUGAAGCUGCGAGUAGGAUUGGAGGGCACCAAAAGAGCAUGUACCUUGAUAUUGAAUAUGCUCCAAAGUUUAUAUCAAACCAAACAAUUUAUUACUCUUGGGAAGGAAACCCGAUCAAUAUAACCUGUGAUGUGAAAUCUAAUCCACCAGCAUCAGUCCACUGGAGAAGAGAGAAAUUAGUCCUGCCAGCUAAAAACACCACUAAUUUAAAGACAUAUAGUGCAGGGAGAAAGAUGAUAUUAGAGAUAGCACCUACAUCUGAGAAUGACUUUGGACGAUAUAAUUGCACAGCCACUAACCGUAUAGGAACAAGAUUUCAAGAAUAUAUUCUUGCUUUGGCUGAUGUGCCAUCCAGUCCCUAUGGAGUGAAGAUUACAGAGCUGUCACAGACCACAGCUAAGGUUUCUUUCAACAAGCCGGACUCCCAUGGAGGUGUGCCUAUUCAUCACUAUCAAGUGGAUGUCAAAGAAGUGGCAUCAGAAACCUGGAAAAUAGUACGCUCCCAUGGAGUUCAAACAAUGGUUGUUUUGAGCAGCCUGGAACCAAAUACAACUUACGAAAUCAGGGUUGCAGCAGUAAAUGGAAAAGGGCAAGGAGACUACAGUAAAAUAGAAAUCUUCCAGACAUUACCAGUCCGUGAACCAAGUCCUCCAUCCAUACAUGGGCAGCCAAGCAGUGGGAAGAGCUUUAAACUCAGUAUCACCAAGCAGGAUGAUGGAGGGGCCCCUAUUUUGGAAUACAUUGUGAAGUAUAGAAGUAAAGAUAAAGAAGAUCAGUGGCUAGAGAAAAAAGUGCAGGGAAAUAAAGACCACAUUAUUUUGGAGCAUCUACAGUGGACAAUGGGGUAUGAAGUUCAAAUUACAGCUGCCAAUAGAUUGGGAUAUUCAGAACCGACAGUCUAUGAGUUCAGCAUGCCACCAAAGCCAAACAUUAUUAAAGAUACGCUUUUUAAUGGUCUUGGGCUUGGAGCAGUCAUUGGCCUGGGAGUGGCGGCACUCUUGCUAAUCCUUGUGGUAACGGACGUCAGCUGCUUCUUUAUUAGACAAUGUGGGUUAUUGAUGUGCAUCACGAGGAGAAUGUGUGGGAAGAAGAGUGGCUCUAGUGGGAAAAGUAAAGAACUCGAAGAAGGAAAAGCUGCAUACCUGAAAGAUGGAUCAAAAGAACCAAUAGUGGAGAUGAGAACAGAGGAUGAAAGAAUCACUAAUCAUGAGGAUGGGAGCCCAGUAAAUGAGCCAAAUGAAACCACACCACUAACAGAACCUGAAAAAUUGCCUUUAAAAGAAGAAAAUGGAAAAGAAGUCUUAAAUCCAGAAACUAUAGAAAUUAAGGUUUCUAACGACAUCAUACAAUCAAAAGAAGACAGCAAAGCAUAACACCAAGAUCACAGAGGCUUGAACAAUGCUACAAACAGCAUUUGGAUUGCAGUGACCCUAUGACCAAAACUAUUCCAUUGACCUUAAUUUCUUGGGAAACUUCUAGCUUGGAAUAGCUUGUACACAUAUACAUAUGCUCAAAUAUUCCUGCCCAUGGUCCAUUAACUUUGGUUGUUGUUGUUAUUGUUGUUGUUCAUUUUGUUAUGAAUUUCAAUAUAGAGAUCUGACUGGCAUCAACUCUUGGGUAUCAAUUUGAUUCUGUGAUUGAAAUACUGCAAUUUAUUAUACAGCUAAAGUGCUCUGUUUCUUAAGGACUAUAUAUUUCAUUGACAACCUCUCCCACAAAUAGGGGUUUAAGAAAAAACAAAAAGAAAAAAAAAGCUUUGUGAGCUAAAUGUAUAAGAAAGCCCUGCAUGUUUUUCAUCCUAUCUUGGGCAAACAGAUUAUUAACGUGGAUUUCAGUUUAAGAUGAAAACAGUUAAUAAUUAUCAGGAGAAUUUCAGGGAACUUGGGCUUGAAGGAGCCAGUUAUCUUUAGCAGAUAUUAAAAAUUGAGAGAAACUUUGGAAAAUUCUAAGUUAUAGUUACAGUGCUAUUUGAAUGUUAAGUUUUGAUAGACUGAAAUGCCAGAUCAAAAUUGUUACCCAUUUGAACGAAUAUUAGUUGUGUGUAAAAUUAGAUUAGAAAGAUUCCGUAAAUCUCUCUCUUUAUAUAUGCCAUAAUCACUCACAAUGGAUUACACAAAAAAAUAAAUGUAUUGCAAGUGAAAAUAAUAUUGAUUUCUGCCCUCAGCUUCAAAUAAAGUAAAUUGAAAUGGUAACAAUAUCAAUGUUGUCUUAAUAUAUUUAUAAAUAUGUGAUUAUAUUUUACUUUUUAAAUAAUUUUAUCAAAAAAAUAAGUCCUUAGUGUUGAAAUACUUCAAACCAUAUCCUCAGAUACAUUUUUUUGACCAUUGGUUUAGAUGAUCUUUGUUUAAAAAUUCAUUUUCCCAGUGUUAUAGGUCCAUCAUUAAAUGUAAUUGGCUAAUGGAAAUUAAAAUCCUUAGUGGUUAAAUAAAGAAGAAAAUAACAUGUAAACAUGCCAUAAAAGUCUCAGUGAUAAACAACUGAAUUGCCACUCUCUGUUUUUCUUUUGUGUGUUGUAGCUAGAAGUCAUUUUAAGAUUUUGAUAAACAACUUUGGUUGAAGAAAUUCCUUGGCUAUUCAACACAAACUUUCUAAUAUUACUUGUUAGGGCCUAUACCAGAAUAAAAUACUUAUUAACUUCCAAGCUAUGCAAGCUCCCAGAGGUAAAAGAAUAAAACAUGAUUUUCAUUCAUAUGUAAGUUAAAAUAAAUGUAUUUAUGAUUAUAAAUAUACAUACCAGUUGGGAGCAGGUUUUAGAUUAUUUGUUACCCUAGAGAGCCAAAGGUUUCUUUAGGCCCCAUUACAUUCAUAAUCUUUAGUGUUUCAGGUGGUAUUAUAGCUCAAAUAUUGACUGGUUGGGGAAUGCAUACCAAUAGAACAUUGGAGGAGAGUUUUAACAGUGCAGGUCAACCUUUUCCCCGUGUCUCUCUAUAGAGAUAAUUUGGUGAUAUAUUAAAUGCAAUUUUAAUGCUACUCAUGAACACUCUCAUUUACAAAGUGCUUGAAACUGUCAGGCAAGGAGAGACAACCAACUAAUUUUACAAACCUUUAGUUAUUAGCAGGACAGAAUGUGUCCAUCUGCAUGUUCGUGCACUAAAUCUCCAAUGUCGUUGCCAUAAUUCACAGGAUUAUAGUGCAGGAAUCUCCCCUUGAUAUUUUUUUUCUGGCAUAUUCUGAAGAAAAAGAUUUCCUGUGCCUACCUAAGAAUUUGAGUAGAAAUUAUCCAACUGGUCUUUUGAUGGAUUUGACUGUUGCUAUUUAAGUCAUGUUUCUGUGAUCAUCUCUUUGCUUUAUUGGACUGUUUUUCCCCCUUUUGUACCAAUGUGCUAUAACUAGUCAAAGUACUUGAAUUUGUUUGUGCAAAGUAAACAAGCAUAGUAAAAUGUCCAUGAAGCAAUAGCCAUGAAUGCUAAUUUUUCCUGGAUAAGGCUGGUUUUAAACUAAUAAUGGUGGAAGAAUUAGGAAAACUGAGAAACCAGUUUAGCAUGUUUACUAUUAAUAUAUUUGUGCUGUACUUCAAGAGCGGAGAAAUCAUUAUAAAGAACAAAUAUUUUUGUGUUUCUUCAUUUUGAAAGUUCUGUCUCUCUCGUUUCUUUGGACUUUCCAUGUAAAGCAAUUUACUUAAAUAUUUCUUUUAUAUAUAUAUAUACAUAUAUAUAUACAUAUACAUAUAUAUGCUGUUAAAUUUCUUGCCACUAAUGUGGAAUAAUGAUCUGAGGUUAGCAGAUAAUUUGAAACUAAUUGUAGACAGACUGUUUCAAGUGCACUGUUUCAGUUGUCUGGGUGGUCCUUAUCUCUUGUCUUUGAAAUCUAUGCCAUUCAGGAGCAAGACAAUACUGUGAUUAAAAAAAAAUGAUAACAUUUCAAUGGAAUGCUCCAACUUACUCUAUUUGUAAAAUUCUCCAAAUAAGAGAUUCUUGUAGUAAAUUGUAAAAUAUGAGUAGAACUGAAAUAAUCUGUUCUUAUUUUUCAUUCUUAUUCUAGAUUAAACAUGCCAUUUAACUGUAUAAAUGUUAUUUUUACUGUCUGAGAGUACUCUUAAAUGUUAGUAUAAAAUGUCAAAAGAGUUGACUGAAUAUAAUAAGUAGGGUUAAAUAAUAAGAACCCUAUGCUAAUUCAAACAAAGAAGAAAAAUAUCACUGAAAAUAUUUGUAUUUCUUGAUAGGUUAUGUGCAAUUAGGCAAUGACAAUCUAUAUUCAACAACAUAUAAGAAAGAACAGUAAUAUCAGCAUUUUGAUAAAUAUUUUGUUUUUAAAACUGGCACAAAUUAAUGUGUCAACACAUUUUACAAUGAUUGGCAAAAGAAUUUAGAAUUGUGACUUCUAAAAAUUUAUUUAUUAUUUUUGUGGAUAGAUUUAUUGCCAUUCUACUGAUGCUAAUGUCUAACAUUAUUGUAAUGUUUCUCUAGUUUUCCCUUAUUUUUAAUAUUAAUACCUAUAAAAGCAUUUUUCAAAGACUAUUUGAUCCGGCAAACUUUACAUGAAUCUUAGUCUUUGAUUUAAACAUUUAUAUAAAUAGAAGGAUUUUAUUAAUCAAAUUAUUUGAGUGCCAACAAUGAACUGUAACUUUAUAAUCUUACCUUUAUUUUAUGCUUCUUAUUUCAAAUAAUUAAGAUGUAUUUGUGCCUUUGGAUUAGCAUGACAUUCUGCUUUAUUAAAAAAAAACCAACUGCAAUCUUUAUUGAUAUAGUUCCCUCGUAUCUGUGACACUUAAAUGGUACUGUUUUAUUUUCAUUUAGUGAAUAAGCUCAAUUCAAAUUACCUUACCUUGAAUACAAAAUCUAAAUAUAACAAAUUAUACUGUGUAACUUAUUUUCACUUAUGACAAAGCAAUUCUUUUGAUACACACACAAAAUAUAUUUCAUUUUGUCUGUACUGUUCUAGAUAAUAAAUACAUUCUAGAUAUUGUUAAAAUUGAGUUCUACCACUUAUGAGACAAUGACAACAGAUGACAUUUUAAGAUAGGGUAAAUUAUUUUAGUGUCACUUGGGUCUACAUUAUCCUGUUGUACAUUUGUUUGGGCACCAUACAUCAUCCUUUAUCGUUGAUGGUAAGAUAACCUCUGAUAAAAAUAUGUACAACUGAAGUGACAGAAAGAAUGAUCUCCAUUUCUUAAUUUAAGAAAUAUUGGAAUAGCAUAUUAGAAUUACCUAUUAAAGUUGCAAUUUCCUUUUUCAUGAAGAAUGAUGUACAUGCUAAAUUUCAGUUGCUCAUGGAGUUCUUUCUCACAAUCAUAUCCAGAGUGCUUACUCAACAAACUUUAGGAGUGGGUGAAACUAUUUUUUUAAAUGAAUUGUUUACAUUAUUUAUCUUUAGAGAGGAAAGAUUUGAAUCUUUGUAUUAAUCCUUUGAAGCAUUAUUAUAUUGUCUCUCACACUGAAAUUGCAUAUGGAAGUAUUAGGGUAUGCUAAAAUUAAACUAUAGAAGGUCACAGAAAUGAAGUACUUCAAUCCUAAAAUGAAAAUCUUUCAAGAAAGUAUCCUACUCAUGGGUUUAAUCAUGUUCUGAGAUGAAACAAUUAUAUGCGUAAAUGGGAAACAUAAAAGAGCCUACAUGUAGUACUUGCUGAACAAAUACAAUUUCCUUCCACGUCCUUCCUCCCCUUUUUAAAAAAUUGCAUUUACCCACGUAGAUGCAUCUGUUUAACAAUAUUAUAUGAGAAUGCUAAUAGAUUAUUUCCCCUCAUAAAGUUUUAUAUUAUAUAUAAUGUUUAAUAUUUAUUUGAUAACACAUUUAAUAUUCUUAAAAUAUAUCUCAUUAUUCACUAUGGAUUUUUAUCAAUCACUUAAAUACCUUAGGCUGGCAUCACCACUUUAAUUUUUUAUAUAAUUUUUAGGAUUUUGGCCACAGCAUGUUCGUAAUUAUUAAUAUAAAAAUUAGUUAUAUAAAUUUAAUAUUGCUACAUUUUUUUCUAAAAUAAAAACACAUAACACACUAAAAGUUGCAUCUGGUUUUAGCCUUCUUUGGGAAAAAAUAAGCAAUGCAAUUACUUGGAGCAUUUCAAAUCACAGCCAGGCAUACGAAAAUAGAGGAAAAAAGAACUGAAAGAAUCAAGAAAGGCAAACUGAACUCUUACAUUUGGGGUGGAUAGGAAAGAUGUUAGUGUGAAAAGUGCUGGACCAGGGAUUAGGAAACACUGCUUAGAUAAAAAUUAAGGCCAAUUAUAUUGAUGCAAAGAGAAAGCUGAGUGAAAUACAGAGGAGAAAGAUAACAUAGAACCUAAUAUUCAAUUUUGCAGAUGGUAUUUUUUUCAAGAACAAUAUGCAUUGUAUACAAUAAAUGGUACUGUUAAGAGCGAAUAUAUUUGUUCCAAUUCUUAAAAGAAUGUUCAUGGUUUAGCAUUUUUGCCUCUAAACUCUGUUAAGAGUAUGUGAACUUCUUACAAAUAAAGUUAAAAAAAACUUUUUUUUUUCAUUUGGUGUAUGAAUUCUAAGCUGUGUUCAGUAUGCAUUAAAACAUACUUUUAUUUUCUUUAAUGUAUAUAUCCAUUCAAAUUCUAUAGUCUUAAGUUAGCUACCACAAAGUUUUCUUAUUGUUUCAAUAUGGUAUGUCCCUAUGAAAUGCUGUAUAUAUAUGUCUAAACUGUAAAAAUUAUACUGCAAAUGUUGAAGUUUUGUAUUUAUGAGAGACAUUGAAAGUAUGGCUUACAGUAUAUCAAAAUUGUCACUCUUCACCAUUUGUAUAUUAAUAGUAAAGAUACUUUUACUUUAAUAAAGUGUUGCAUUUAUGUUUAUUUUGAAUACUAUCUCUGCAGUGAGUGAGCUUAUGACUUGACAUAUAUUUUCAUUUUUUUCAGAUAUUUUCGUUUUUAAAGAAUUUCCAAACCGAUCUCUCUCUCUCUCUAUAUAUAUAUAAAAAGAAAGCUUUCUGCCAUUUUGCCUUACCCUGAAUCACAAUCUUUUGCUAAUAAAUAGUAGGUAAGAGCAGUGCUUCUCAAAAUGUGGUCUCCAAACCAGCAGCAUUAGCACCUGGGAAUUUGUUAGAAAUAAAUGUAAGUUUCUGGACCUCACCAGAGACCUCUUAAAUCAGAAGAAUCUGGGAGAGGGUAAAGGAGUUUGUGUUUUAACAAGCCUUUCUAGUAAUCCUAAUUCACACAGAAAUUUGAGAUCCAGUGGAUUGGAGAUAUAUUUUGGGUGACUAUCUAGAAGUUAAAAACUUCUGGUUCAUGUUGAAAUUUUAUUUCUCAUUAUUAUAUAGAUUAUCUUCUUGCAGGACUUCAUGAGUUAUAAAAUAAGGGAAGCCUAUCAUUCCUCACAUACUUUUAUAAGGUGUUUUCCUUUUUUUAACCAGUGUAAAGUUCAACUUAUUCUUAAAAUGAAAAAAAAGCAAAUACCAAAUUUUCACAAGGGAGCAAUUUUCAACAUAAGCCUUACAAAUACCACAUAUGUAUGUAGAAUAAAAUAACAUUAAAUAGGUGGUGAAGAACGAAAAAAGGCAUUUAUAUAUUGUGCUUGUUCUGUCAGUAUCCUGUAUUUAAUUAAAAGAACGGUUAUAAUAAAAUACAAAAUAUACCAUGAGAAAGAGGCUAAAACGAAGUCUCUGAUAUAUGAUAAAAAUGGAUAAAAAAUAUUUUAGAAAAUUUCUUCUACUUCCUUCUAACCUAAGUCAUUACCUACUAUAAUCCCCUUUAUUUGUAAUAUAGGUAAUGAAUGUAUGUCUCCUAAGAUUCAUGUCAUACAUGGGGUAGAACUUUAAAUUCCUUUUUAAAUUUAAUUAAUUUUUCUGAAUGAAUUUUAACACCUAAAUUAGAAUGUUUUCAAAUCAUAAAUAAUGUUUUCUGUUUUAUGUGAAUUGUCUUAUAUAUGUUCUUAUCCUUGGCAUAACUU